AUCAGAGAUAAGACGACGAUCAGAACGGAUAUAAUUAUAAAUAAAGAGUUAAAUUUUUUGAAGAAACCGAAUAAACCAUCUUACAGUUUUGAGAUUAUGGCCUCGAGAGAUGGACCUCGUGCUUCUGGUACGGAUGGAUCAGACUUUACACACAGACAGCGUGUGGCUUCCCACUACAAGGAAAGCGUUCAAUGGAAGGCCAAAUUGAAGGCCUGUCUUUGUUUCCAGUUAAUUCUUAACCUGGGUUUCGGAGCUUGGAUCACUGCAGCUUACAGUGGGUAGGUUCGUAAACUUGAAUGUGAAGUAAAUUCGCAGAAUCAAUAGUUGGUAACGGGAGCUUCUUAGUUGACAUGUGUCUGAACAUCAAAACCAUUCAACUGGGUGCAUCCCAUUUUUGUACGCAACCACCCCCUAUUAAAUUCUCUACCACUUGUAAUCGUGCGAGAGAAUUUGCACUAAACUCAACUUUUAAUAAAGUAAACAACACGACUCAAUCACAUUCUGUUCACCAUGUGUUUGCACGAAAUCAUGUGAUCAUGUUUCACAGAGUUCCACCACACUUAGAUGAUGGUAGGUUCUGAAUAGGAGGCCCACACUUUUUUCGUCAUAGAAGCCGUCAAAAUUUUUACCCUUAGGGCAUUUUUUUUAAAAAGUCAACCCUUUAGGUUCCUUUGGGUUUUAUUUUUCAAAGGGAGAUGACACAAAAUUGAGGGUUUGGAUUUCAGCCAUUUUUAGGGUUGCGAAUAUAUUGAAAUUGAACGUCCCCAACCCCAUCCUCGAUCACCUCAUCAGGUAGGUUUUAGAUGGGUGCAUCCAAAUCCAUAUCCUAUUCCAAAUAAAACUGGAUUUAAAAUGGUACCUUUUCCCAUAGAGAGGCCAAACCUUAAUUACCCCAUUCAAGCUGGGUUCUUCUUGAGAAGUUUUCUUUAGUUUGAAAUAUUAUACGCUGUUCUUACUAGAAAAAUUUUGAAUGAGGAUAUCCUGUUCCAUUCCAAAUAAUGAGUCCAAACAGUUUUCUAAAACAUUUGGACAGGGACUACAGCUGUAGCUAAUCUUUGAACGUGACAAGAAAAUUAUAUACGACCUCCCAAAGGUAAAAGGGGCCUCGUGACAGUAAAUGGGCCUGAUACUUAUCUGGUUUGCUUUUCAUACACAGAUUAACAGGUUUGUUCUUCAUACACAGGUUAAGCAAGGCAAACCCAGAGCCCUGGGAACUGGCCUGGUUACUGAGCAUCAUUCCUGCAGUUGUUGGACUUGCAAGCCUUCCAAAAAACAAUAUUAAGCAGAUGUACAUUAGUGCAUGUGGAAUUCUGCUCAUUGGAGUGGGUCCUUUAGUUUUUGGAGCUUGUGCCAUGUUACAAGAUAUCUUUUUCAACAUCCGUCAAAGAAGAGCCCCUGCCUCACAGGCAUGGCAAAAUGCACCGAUGAAAAUGGCUGCUGUAGCUUUUCUUAUACAGUUUCACGGCAUCAGCCUGUAUUAUGGAAACAAGCUAAUAAGUGCUUGGAACUCCAAGGGAGAGAAAAAGAUGUCAUAGUAACUGAACAAUACCUGCACAUUAUAUCUGUCAAGAUCAUAAUUAUAUGGGCCAUUUUGAAAUUAACAAUUAGUUCAGCGUGCGUAUGUCGAGAUAUUGAGCACGCGGGAAGUUUGGAGAGCACGAAAGAGGCGUAAGAGUUGCACGAGGCGCAGCCGAGUGCAACUCUAGCCUCUUGAGUGCUCUCCAAACUUCCCAAGUGCUCAAUAUCUCGACAUACGCACAGCUGCAGCAUGAACUAAUUGUUUUAUAGCGAUCAAUGCAGCAGUUAACUGAAAAUUUUAUUAUUGAAGGGCGCGCUCAAAGCAGUACGCGUCAAUGUUUACGUGAAUAUAUCUUUUUUCCUCACAGUUAAUCUUAUGUUUUUAUCUUGAAACUGAGAGAAAGUGUACUCUAAAAUGAUUGUAAAAUCCAUAUUUAGGUGUCGGAAAACUAUUAAUUUCCCGAAAAAUUGUUAUUGAGAGAAAACAACUUUGCAAAGAAUGAGCUCACGCCAUAGCCCGCACAGCUCGCGGAGAUGACAACAACAACAACAACACUCACCUCUUUUCCUUACUAUCGGUUAACAAAUUCAAACGUUUCCUCUUAAAUUUCUUUACAAAACACAUGGUAAACGCUUCAUUGUCUAUUGCUGAGUUAUGGAUUCACUCAGGAGACUCAGGAUUGCUAAGCUCACAACAACUCGAGGAAUUACGAAUAGUUUAUUGACGUCAUCAGCGUGCUCAAUAGGAAUAUGAAGCACGCUCGCGCUAUUGAAUUUGAUUAGGCGAAUUUUCUAGCUAUGUUAUAAUUGCCUGUUAGACUGGUGGUCUAUUUUGUCAAAAUCCAUUAUGAGAAUGUUUGGGGGGAUUCAAAAUUUGAUCAGAAACUGGGUCAAAGUUCAAACCUCAAAACAGUUGUAUAAACAACACAGUCUCCACUUCAGAAUGCCCGAUUUCAACAUUCAUGAACUUCCUGUUUCUUCUGGAAAAUUAUGUCUAGUAGGGUCUAACCUCCACUGACACUAUGGUCCUGGCAGCGGUUGUUCAAAAGUUAGUCUUCUUUACAGCCUUUUUUUGUCUCAUCAUGCUUCGCUCCUCCCCACAGCAUUGCGUGAUGACACAAAGAACGGCUGUGAAGCAGACUAUUCAUGUAAAAAGCCAGAUAGUUGAUAAAUCACUACCCUCCAGGCCCUGGUUGUUCAAACGUUGGAUAGCGCUAUCCACCAAAUAAAUCACUAUCCAGUGGAUAGUAUAAUAAAUUUAUUGAUUUCUGUCAUAAUUUUCCGCUGGUUUACAGUCAACUCUCUCCAAGACGGACACCUUUGGGACCGGCACUAAGUGUCCGUCUUAGAGAGAUGUCUGUCUUAUAAAGAGUCAAAUAAAGGGAGCUAAGAAAGGAAGGGACCAACUCUAGGUGUCCGUUU